AGCACUGUCCCAUUGCCUCAUGGAUGUCUGAACGGAGGAUCGCUCUCAUCUGCCAUUGUUCAACAUGUCUCCUCAUCCUUGCCAUGGGUCGGACCGUGCGUGGCUCUCCCGGUGCCUGGAGGUGACCACAGAAAGUCUCAGAGAACUCCAUGACAUGAGACAAGAAGCAGAGGACAGGGUCAGGGGGGUCCUGGGUGACCAGCGGAGGGCACGGGAGAGUAACUGGUCCAAAUGGCCAAGGAAUCUGGCUGCAGAAGACAGCAUGAGUCGGGGGAAAGCUGCGUGGAGGAAUCAAGACUCGGCCAGAGCUAAGAACUCCGAGCUAGAGCAUAUAGAAGAAGAGGUGUCUGGGCUCAGACAGAGGAACACCAUGGGAAAACGUCGGAAGAGAUCCUCCACCUCACAGCUUCCAGAUCUAGACCACAGCCUGGAGCCAGGGAAGGGAAGAGCUCAGGGGCCCAAUGACCCCCACCGAAGCAGGGUGCCAUCCAGCCCGGUCCAUGUACUGUCACAGGAGCUGCAACAGAAGAUGAUCCUACCAGAAGAUGCAGAGAGGGACCAUGUAAAGGUCAAAGGAUCCAGAGAGAUCCAGGAGAGGGACCAUGGAAAGGCUACAGGAUCCAGAAACAUCCAGGAGAGGGACCAUGGAAAGGCUACAGGAUCCAGAAACAUCCAGGAAAGGGACCAUGGAAAGGUCAGAGGGAUCCAAGAGAGUGACCAUGGAAAGGUCAGAAGAUCCAAAGAGAUCCAGGAGAUGGACCAUGAAAGGUUUAGAGGAUACAGAGAGAUCCAAGAGAGAGACCAUGAAAAGGUCAGAGGAUCUAGAGAGACCCAAGAGAGGGACCAUGGAAAGGUCAGAGGAUCCAGAGAGACCCAAGAGAGGGACCAUGGAAAGGUCAGAGGAUCCAGAGAGACCCAAGAGAGGGACCAUGGAAAGGUCAGAGGAUCCAGAGAGACCCAAGAGAGGGACCAUGAAAAGGCUACAGGAUCCAGAUACAUCCAGGAGAGGGACCAUGGAGAGGCUACAGGAUCCAGAGAGAUGGAGGAAAGAGAGGACAGUGUCUGCAGAGACAGAACAGAGAGCUGGCAGAGCCCAAUAUGGGGAAACGGAGCGGGCCCAGCGCAAAGGGCACAGGAGAAGGAUAUAGACCAGGACAGCCUGCCAGUGACUGAAGGCACAGAGGUCUAUAAACCUGCAUUAGAUGUGUGGAUGCCAAAGAACAUUCCAGCAUCUGGAGUGGAGGGGGAAAAGAAUUUCCAGCCAACAGAACCUUACCUUUUACGUAGAAUCGGUUCUGGAUCCUUGGCACCUCGUCUCAGACUUGGAAGUUCUGGAGUGACCAGUGAUCUUCUGUUUACUAGAAGGUUCAGUGGGAACUGCUUAUCGACUCACAGUUCAGGAUUCUAUGAGAAUAGUGAUUUGGACUCCAUCUCGUCUUCCUGCUCCUCCCUUUGUAGUGAUUCGUCCUGCCACACAUCCUUUUCUAUGAUGUCACCACACCGAAACUCAGUGAUUAGGCCAAGGUCCAUAGACUAUACUAACGAACGCAGGAAAGAAUUGCAAAGUGGAAGGGCACAACCAAGGAGACCCAUAUCAGCAGGUGCACUGGAAGGCUAUUCUCUAUCCUCCAUUUCCACUUCACGGUAUGACAUCACUCAACAUAAUGACAGGACUAGUUGCGACUAUACAUAUUCUUCUACUCCACCACUCUGUGCCAUCCAGCAGCGCUGUAAAGCCGAGCGCUAUAUUUGCAAGCUCGCACUCAAAUACCGCUGUAAGCCAGGAGUGUCUAAUCCUCUCCCUGACCUUGGACCACGAACUCCUAGAACUCCAGCCUCUGCUUCCCUUUAUUCUGAAUGCUAUAACAGCUGCCCCCCUUCACCUCAAAUCAACUCCCUGUCAUCCAGCUUAGGAGACGUACGGAAAACCCCUAAAGGCUCAUGGGGACGUUUCUUUAGUCGUGUCAUGCUUAAGAAGGACUCAAGGAUUGCAGCUUCAGAGCUAAACCUGCAGCACUGUAUCUACAGUCCACAAAAAAGCCUACGAAGUCCAUCCCUAGCAGACGGUCAGCUUGUGAGGGCAAAAUCCUUCCGUGAUUUGCUCUCCGUUAACCCAUUCAAGAAAAGCCAGAGGGGGCUGAACAAAGUAUGGUAGUUAC